AGACACUAAUCAAACUUGUUAAGAACACUAAACAAAGAAAACAGCAAAGAAAAGUUACCUCUAGCAAAAACUUCAAAAUCAACAGACCAACAAAAAAAAAAUCAAACAAAAACAGAUAGCAGCAGCACACAUUCCAAUUUCACACCAGCACUUCAAGUAUAAUCAUAUCAAAUCAAGGAAGACACACAAAAAUUCAUCCAAUCAAGGAAGCCACUAUCUAAUGUCUGAGAAAUAAAAUAAAAUAAAUAGAAAGAAAUAUAAUCCGAUAAAAAUACCCAUUGCAAUUGAACAGCCUUAAUUUAACAAGUCGAGGUUGUUUGAUCCAAGGAGAGAUUGAGAGGGCUCGGUCCGACGAGUCGAAGCAAAUCGAAGCCAUUAGAGACGAAAUUGAGACUUUGAAGCUGGAGAUUGAGAAAGGAAGGACUGCGGUUGAGAUUGAGAAGAAAACACGAGCUAGUAACCUUGAGCAUCGUCAAGCUAUGGAGAAUUAUAUGGCUAAGUUGGCUCUCGAAAUCGAAAAACUUCAUGGGGAGUUGGCAAAUGCAGAGAAGAGAGCAAGGGCUGCAGUAGCAGCUGCAAAUCCAGGUUGUUGUUUGGUUGCAGGUUCUGGGUACCCUAUGGCUUAUGGCAAUGCCGAAAUGCUAUAUGGAGGAAAUGCAUACCCUGACCCCUAUGCCAUGCAUCAGGGUUUGAGAGUACACGAGGGUUUUCUUGAAGUUCGAUCACAAAGUGCCGCCGCAUCUGCAUAUUCAGGAAUCUCAGGUCAACCACGGUGCAUGUGGGGGUUCCUUCUCGCUCUACAGUGGGUGUGGUCGGCUUUUGAGACAGUUGUGCUCAGCAUGGAGGAAGUAGUGGGUGACUUUUCUCGGCGCCUUGCUAUCCAAGACGACGACGAUCUGGAAGUCAUAACAGUGGAUGAUCCCAAAUCUUUGAUUGCUGAGAGAUUUUGGCUUGUGGGGAAAGUCCUCACUAGCAAGAAGAUUAACGUGGAAUCGUUCAAACGGAUUAUUAGGAAGAUUUGGUUGACGAAGGAGGAGUUUUCCAUUUUGGAGUGGGAGAGCUCGGAGCGAUUUGUCUUCUCCUUCAAGUCUGAUGGGGAUCGACUCCGAGUUUUACAAGGAAGUCCAUGGUCGUUUGAUAAUUCUUUGCUGGCUUUGGUAUCUUCAGACGGAAUGGUCGACCCGGGGGUUGUUGACCUAACAAGCCAAGACUUUUGGAUAAGAGUAAAAGGGUUGCCUCCUGCGCUGUUGACAGAUAACAUGGGAAGGAAAAUUGGCAGUAGCAUUGGGAGCUUUGUGUUGACGGAUUCUACUGUUACUGGAGAUGGAAGUGGGAGCUUUCUACGGUUGAGGGUGAAACUUCGUCUUUCUGAUCCUCUAAGGAAAGGCAUGCGUCUUCAGUUGAACCCAAGAGAUACACAGUUAAGUAAGCUCACAUUCGAAUAUGAGCACCUGCCUCACUUCUGUCUAUUUUGUGGACUUUUGGAUCAUGUGGGUGCUACGUGCAAUGCAAGAAUAGAGGGAAGGAUAACUGAGGAAAAAUACGGUAGGUGGAAGACGUUGUCUAAAGAUGUCUACUCAAUUGAUUUAUAUGGUCAGUUACAUGGGCGUUCUUUUGGCCUACUACCUAGCAAGAAGGGGUGGUCAGUAAGAGCCCCUGAGCUCAAUGUGUGUGGGUCAAUACGUGGUAGGGAGGACGCGGAAGUCGGGGUGGAUGAGGAGGAUGAAAGAGGGGUACGUAGCCAAGGGUCGUUUGCUUCUUGUUAUGUCAGGAAGUUUCGGAAACUUAUAUGGGAGAAUCAAGUAGAGGAAGUGACAAUGACUGAUACCACUUUGGAGAAAUCACAGAAAGAUGGUGAGGAGGUUGGUAGGAGUUCAGAAAAGAACCAGGCAGACACUUUUUUGUUUAAUGUUCCAAUUUCGACCUGCAGCUUUGGGUUGAAUAGUAUUGGUAAGUCUACUACUGGAGAGAAGGGUGUUAGAGGUGGGGCAAAUAUUCAAGAUGGGGAACACCUUGGCUCCUCCCCAAAGAAGAAAGGCCGAGGGAAGGGUAGGAAGAUAUCGGAAGAUCCUGUAGACUUUAAAAAGAGCAUGAAGAAAGGGUUUUCUUCCUCAGGGAAGGGAACGAAAGGUAAAGGCUUUGCAUUUUCCUGUUCCCCAAGUAAGCGGCUUGCACUUGGUUCUUCGAAAAACCUGUUGAAGAAAAAGAGUGGAAUUACUGAAAGUUCUAGUUCCGGGAUGGGGACGAAAGUGGUGGGUUCCGACACUCGGACCCACCACGAACAAUGA